AUGUAAAAAUAAUGUUAUUGUGAAUAACAUAACAUCUUAGAUAGUUUUAUCUGUAAUGUUUGUUAGAAGAAUCAUCAUUGGCAAUGUUAUGAUUAUCAAAUCACUGAUAAAUAACCAUAACAACUUCGAUGUUUGUAAUGUUCUUUAAGUGCAAAUAAUCCUUUAAUGUAAUUUGAAGUAAAUUUUUACUAAGAAUAAAAGGGAUUCAUAAAGCUAAACAAUAAAUUUAAUGUUGCUAUGAUUAAGAAACCAACAUAAUUUUUAGAAAAGGCAUUCUCUUUUGAAGUGAAUCAGUAUUAUGAAGAACUUAAGAAAAAAUAGAUAAUCCUUGCAAUAUUUUGUACAAAAACAAAAGAACCAAAAAAACUAUUUGAGUGGCCUAGCAAAAAUGUUUAUGUUGAAUUAAACAACUAACAUCACAUAUCAUAUCAUAUAAACGAUUAUGGAUAUAUGUUUAUCUAAUUUUAUAUAUUAUAAUUUUAGACCAUCAACUUGUAUAUAAUGGGGAGCGAAUACAUUAAAAAUAAAAUUAGGAGAAGAUAUAGAAUGCAAUUCUCUAUUUGGCAUUGCAAUAGUAAAAAAUAUAAAAAUAACUGAAUUAAAGAGUAAAUUAUUAGAUUUGGGAAGAGAAAAAAUAAUAGAUGCCAUAAUUACUUAAUAAAAAUAAUAGUAUUAAGAUAAGAUUAAAUCUUUAGCAAGUAAUUUUUAUUAAUAUAAAUUUAGUGGUUGAUGAUACUUUAUAGGAUACAUUAUUUACAGUGAAAUUAAUUGAUGGAAUUACUAUGUAAUAAUUAGAAGUUCCAGUUAGAGGGAAAUAGUGUUAACAUUUUGAUUGUUUUGAAUUAAAUGCUUAUUUGACAAUAAAUGAAAAACCAAAUGAAAAUAGAUGGAAAUGUCCUAUUUGUAAUCAACUUGUACCAUACGAUUAAUUACAAGUUGAUUAUGUAUUAAUUGAUAUUUUACAUGAAAUUAAAUGUGACCAUCCAAAAAUAUUUCAUAAAUUACAAAGAGUCUAACUUAAUUAAUAUUUAGAGUAUAAGAUUGAUGAUAAAUAUACAGAAGAGGAAUCUUAAAUAAAGAAGAAAUUGAUGAAUUCUUAAAAUUUAUCAUAAACUGUUAAAAUAAAUAAUGAUAUUUUGGAAAAAGCUUCAGAUUCAGUAGUUAAAUUUAUACAGGAAUUUUAAAGGAAAGAUAAUUAUUAAAGUUCUCUUAUAACAUUUAAAUCUGCUAGAAAAUUAUUAAAGAAAUUUCAUAAAAAAGAAUUGUUUAAAAAUUUAGAAACUAAUUAAAUAUAAUUGUGUAAGUUUUUUAUAAAUAUGUUCGAUUUAUCAAACUAUUAUAAAAAUUUUAUUUUUGAUGAAGAAAUAGAAUAAGAAUACUUUGAAUCAUUAUAAGAUUUUGAAUUGAUUUGCAAAAGUAUUUAUUCAUAAAGUGUGAGUGGUUUAUUCAUUUAUUAUAUAAAGUUAUUUCAUCCAACAGUUUAAAGAAUGACUCAAUCUAUGGCUAUAUUAUGUACAUAAUUGAAUAUUAAACCUGUUUUAAUUCAUUAAAAAAAGAUGCUUGAAUUAAUUUUAGCAAGUGCUUAUGAUAAAUAAUAAAAAACAUCAUUAGGAUACAAUUUUAAAUAAAUAUGUUGUAUGAGUAAAAUGAAAAGAGAUGAAUAUUAUAAUAACAUUAUUUAUUUAUCUUAAAAGAUAAGUUAUGUGUUUUAUAAUACUGAAGCUAGUAGUUUUUUUAUUGUGAGAAAUUGUAUUAAUUUAAGCAACAUUUUUGAUUUAUAUUAUUUUUAAGAAAAAGGAAAGAUAGAUGAUCAAUUGGAUGAUUUUUAAUUGAUGAUCAAAUUGAUUAAAGAAGUUUAUAGUUUGAAAAUUAUAAAAGAGAAUCCAAAUGUAUUAGACAUUCUAAGAUUAAUUUUAUAUUUAUUAAUUAAAAGUAAUUUAAAUAUAUAUUGAUAGGGGAUAGAAAAUUUGAAAAUAUUUUAGAUUAAUUCAAAGAAUACAAUAUAGGAGAUGUGAAAAAUAAGUUUAAAAAUAUGGAAUUCAAUGGAGAAUACUAUUAUUUAUGA